AUGCGCGUGUGGAAGGACGCAGAGGGCAAUGUCCUCGAGGCGAUCCCCACUUUCAGGCUCAUGGAUGCCGAUGGAGCGGCUAUUGAUGGCAUGGCCGAGGAGUUGAUUGGCGAGGAGCGUGCCCUCAAGAUGUACAAGACGAUGUCCCUCCUGCCUCAGCUGGACCAGGUCUGCUACUCUGCGCAGAGGCAGGGUCGCGUCUCCUUCUGGAUGACUUCCUACGGUGAAGAGGCAGCCAUUGUCGGUGCGGCAGAGGCUCUCGCGACCGACGAUGAGGUCUUCUCACAGUACAGAGAGAUUGGCGUCCUCAUGCACAGAGGACUCGGACUCGACACCUGUAUGAACCAGGUCAUGGGGACAACACUGGACCAGGGCAAAGGACGUCAAAUGCCCAACCACAUUGGCUCCAGGGCUCUUCACUUCCACACUGUCGCCUCCCCCCUCGCGACCCAGAUCCCGCACGCAGCAGGAGCAGCCUACGCUCUCAAGCGCACCGCGGGCCGCGAGAACAAUGUAGCCGCGUGCUUCUUCGGUGAAGGCGCAGCGUCGGAGGGCGAUUUCCAUGCUGGAUUGAACUUCGCCAGCACCCUCAACUGCCCUGUGCUCUGGUUGGCGAGGAACAACGGCUUCGCUAUCUCGACUGCGAGCAUCGACCAGUACAGAGGAGAUGGACUUGCGGCUCGUGGGCCAGGCUAUGGCACCCUCACCAUCCGCGUGGACGGUAACGACGCCCUCGCGGUCCUGUACGCCGUGUCUGAAGCGAAGAGACGCUCCCUCGAAGCCUCUCGCCCCGUCUUCCUCGAGCUCAUGACGUACCGCGUAGGCCAUCACUCCACCUCCGACGACUCGGGCUCCUACAGGCCCAAGUCCUCCGUAGAAGAAUGGACCCAAACAGACAACCCGAUUCACCGCAUGCGCAAGUACCUCAUCUCUCGCGGCUGGUGGAGCGACGCUGAGGAGGCGGACCUCGUAAAGACGCACAGGAAGGACGUGCUCGCAGCGAUGAACAAGGCGGAGAAGCGCCACAAGCCCCCCCUCUCGGUCCUGUUCGAGGACACCUGGGCAAACCCACCGCCAGCCCUGCAGGAGCAGAGGGCAGACUUGAAAAGGUUGUUGGAGAAGUAUGGCGAGGACUACGAGCCGUGGAAGGAGGCUCUGAAGAAGGUCGAUGGUGGGGCAAAGGGAAUCGACUAUGAGCCUAAGGAUCAGGAGCUGUAUGGGGGUGGGUGGCCUUGA